UGACACCCCCUAUUCUGACAGCAAAAUCCGGCGUGUGAAAUGCGACGAGGGAAAGCCUGCCUGUCUCCGAUGCACGUCGACCGGCCGAACGUGCGACGGCUACGACAAAGCGGCACUGGCGCGGUACCGCUCUCCGGACCCGGCCCGGGCGGCCGAGCUGGCAAGGGCCGAAUUCGUCAGGGCGUGCGAAUGGAACGAAGCGCUCCGGUCGAUGCGACGGCUCGAGGCCAGCAUCGAGGGGACCGAGACCGAAAAGCGGCUCUUUGCGCGGUUCCGGGCUGCCACGGCCGAGGGCGUCGCUCCACACCUGUGCCACUUCUCGGCCUUCUGGCGACGACUGACGCCGGCAACGGGGUGCCAGGACGAAGCUGUCAAACGCGCCGUGGUGGCGCUGGCCGCGGCUUACCAGCUGUUCCGGCACCCGCACGAAGCCAGCAUUGACGGCCUCGGUCGCGGCGACCUCGAGGUCUUCAUGAUCCAGCAGUACAACAGAUCGAUCGAGCAGCUCCAGAGCCAUGCUGGCUCCUCGGCGUCGGAGAGCAUCCGCGUGACCCUCGUCUGCUGCCUCGCCUUCAUCUCGCUCGAGACGCUGCGGGGGAACCAUUCUGUGGCCGUCACGCAUCUCAUCAACGGCCUGCGCAUCCUGCAGUCUCUGUCCGAUCCUGCCUUCGACUGCCUCGCCGACGGCUCCGUCUUCGUUUGGCGCCCGGCCGGGGAGACGCUGCACAUGCCCGAUAUCGUCCAGCUCUUCGCCCAGCUCGAAGUCUCCGUCUGCUUCUUCGCCCACGGCAUCCAGCCCGUUGUCUCGGAGCGCGGGUACCGCAUGCGCCGCUUCGAUGAUGGCAUGGGCAAUGCGCCCUUCGCCGACGUGGCCAACGCACGCAGCGUGCUGUCGUGCUUCCGGCACGACGCCAUGGCGCGCCUGCACGAGAUCGCAGCCGUCGGCGCAGCCGGGGAUGAGGCACUCGGCGCAUUCUGGUCUGACCCGAUGCAGCAACGACAGCAAUCUUGCAUGGCAGCCCGCAGCGCUCGGAUUGGCGCCCUUGUAGCCGACUUCCUCUCCCCGGCCCGCUUCGGCAACCCGGAUCCCACGACCGCCGAGCUUUUUGGUCUGCACCUCGACCUGCUGUACUUUCGCUGCGCCCAGUUCCUCCUCAGCAAGGUCACUACUAGUACCAACACCAGGUCCACCACCACCACCACCUACAGCAGCAGCAACGACCUUAUCCCCCCCACCUUCGACCCCCUUUCCGCAACCACCUUCGAGCCUUACCAACCGCAACAACAUCAUCAACAACAACAAAGUCAACCUCCCCCAAACGACGACCCAGACUUCACCCUCCUCCCAUCCAUCCUCCACCUCGCCUCGCGCCUCUCCGCCUCACCAAUCACGCAAAUCUCCAUCCCAUUCACAACAACAACGACGACGACGAUGACGACAACCCGCACGCUAACAACAAUAAACGAACUCCACAAUCACCUGCUAGGACCCUUGUACCUAGUCGCGACACACACCCCAGACGCAGGGGUACGCAGCGCCGCGACAAGGCUGCUUGCCGAGACCAUCAUUAUCAGCUACUGCUGUUGCUGCUGCUGCCAAAAACAAAGACAAUACCACGAGCGUUGUUGUUCAACAACAGGAACGGAACACGCACAAGGCAGGAAGAGGAGGGUCCUAGCUGUGGUGGAGGAGACGAUCCAGAAAGAGAAGGCCGCCGCGGCGGCGACGGCGACGGGAAGAAAUGGUGGGACAUGGUUGUCGUCGUCGAUAAUGAGCGCCGAGGUGCCGGCUAGGGCGCUGGUCGGUGUUGGGUGUCUCCCUUUGCUUUGGGAUGCGUUAUUGGGGUUGGGGGAUGCGGCGGAGGGGGGAGGCUGUUGGGUAGGAGAAGGGAAAGAAAGCACAGAGAGGACGAGAGGAUGAGGGACGAGGGAGGGAGGGAAGGUAGGGGGGCGGUUGGGAUGAUGAUGAUGAUGUUGACUAUAUAAAGCAGGUAUUUGUUGUGUGUAAGGGAUAGGUGUGGAUAGCCUAGCCAUGCGCUGGGUACUAGGUACAAUACCUUACUUGAGUACUUCCAUAGGGGGUUGGAGUUUAGGUAGGUAAGGUACCUAGUCCAUUGCAUAUAUAACACAAAUACAGCUAUCUCCGUACACUCGUAAAUUGCU